GGUAAGUACAGCUAGUUAGGAGGAUCCUUAUGCUCAGUUCGUUGGUAUUAAUCACGUGGACACUGGCGCCCCCUCAUAGUUAAUGACAGCAACACUAGUCAACAAUAAGUCAAGUGUUCCCUCCUCAAUAAGCCUUUUUUUCCUUAUUGUGCCGGGAACAAUAGAAAGUUUCUCCCCUCUCUCCGUCUACACCAUCUCAUCUAGUAAUACCAUCCACAGUCUACCGUCCCCCCAUCCACAACCAUCCGGCUACACAAGCCUUUUAAGACCCCAAGACAACAAAAACAAACAUAACCGAGAAGUAUUGGAGUGAAAUUGUUCAUGUUCAGACUUUUUUUAACACCUUUUCUUUUGCAAGCAAGCGACCUUUUAACACACGGGAAUCCCAAAGUAGCAUGGUUUCAAAAAAAGAAACGAGAGAAGAGGAAAAACUCUAUCAGCAAGAAGUCAAAAGUCACGGGUAAGUCAAAGUCCCAGGUUCUCCAACAACACCACAGGCAAAAAAUAAGCAAAGCGACGCAAGAACGGAAAAGAGAAAAGACAAGACAUAUUGUAAGCAAAAAAAGGCCAGAAACCGGUCUGAAAACACUAUCUACAGAACUGACGCCGCAGUGCCACCAUUAUUUUUUGUCUUCCCUUUCUUCCGAGUGGAACCUCAUGUAUCAACAAAGGCUAAAGAAAGACCACUGCGUUGCUGCGGCUCUGCACAUCCAGCACAAAGCCUUGCGCGAAAUUGCUUUUCGUUUUUCAAUCCGGAACCGUUCAAUCACUCAAUGGCAAUCUAGUCCCCAAGUCCCUGGUGGGCAGAUCCUGAGGCUGCGCAGAGACCUAGAUAUGCGACCUAGUGCGAUGUAUCGCGGAGGGACAUACCAAUGGAAGACAACAAAUGAGAAACCCAUCUUUCUGUUUUGACCCCAAACUCACAAGGCCGUCAAAUCAAACAAUGCCAGGAGCAAGCAAAAGAAACCGGAAAAUCCAUGCCGAUGCGUUCAUCGGCGGAUGAGUCGUGAGAGGUCUUGAAAUUCUUGGAUAGGACUGAUCUAUUACCAGACCAAAACACGGUCGUCCCGA